CUUGUCAAUUUAACUUCACUCUCUCACUCAACAAGUAAAACCUCACAAGUCACCACACUGGGUUCAGCUCACCACCACCACCACCUGUGCGACAAGAAGCUGAUACACCACAUAACCUCUAUCUCUAUUCCUAUAUCUAUAUAUUUACAUUAAAAAUAUAAUAAAAAUAAAACAGAAUGUCUACACUACUUCCACCACCGUUACCUGAUUUUCCGACGGCGCUACCACCACCUGCACCACCGCACAACCACCAUCAUCACCACGGAUCCACCGUUCUACAUUCAGUUAUCGCCGGAGUACUAGUGUUUGUGCUAUUUAUAAUAUCCGCAAUCGCAUACAGAAAACUCUCACGGAAACGUACGGUUCCGGCGGAUCUGAAGUCUCCGCCGCCGCAGCCGCAGAAACAAGUACAACAGUACUCAUACAACGUCCUCCGGCGUGCCACGUCAGCAUUCUCCACUUCUAAUCGGUUAGGACAAGGCGGUUUUGGUUCCGUAUAUAAAGGCGUACUUCCUUCCGGUAAGGAAAUCGCCGUUAAAGUUAUGAGCGGUUCCGGAUCGUUGCAAGGAGAGCGUGAGUUUCAUAACGAGUUAUCGUUAGCCACGCGGAUAAGCGACGCGUGUGGUCCACGCGCCAAUGUGAUUUCGUUAUUAGGAUUUUGUUCCUAUCAGAACCGGCGGAAAAAGAGGAAGAUGCUGAUUGUAUAUGAAUAUAUGCAGAAUGGAAGCGUACAAGAUGCGUUGUUAUAUCGUAAGUGUGUAGAACUUAUGGAUUGGCGUGUUAGAUAUAUGAUAUUGUUAGAUGUAGCUAAAGGUGUUGAGUUUUUGCAUUUUUCAUGUGAUCCGCCUAUUGUUCAUUGUGAUAUUAAGCCUUCUAAUGUGUUGUUAGAUUGUAAUUUUAAUGCGAAAAUUGCGGAUUUCGGUUUGGCUAAAGUUUUAGGUUUGGAUGAGAUUGAGAGUUUUAUUGAGUGUGGUGAAGAAGAAGAAGAAGAAGGGGAUCUGGUAACCGACAAUGUUCAUAAUAAUACCAAUAAUGAUAAUGAUGUUGAGAGAAAAAGUGAGAAUCUUGGUGAUUGUAGAGAGGAAAAUAGGUCUGAAGAGACUGAGAGUGUGGUAACAGGGGAGGUGGUUGUGAAUGUGGAUGUGGUGUCGCCGGAGAGUUGUCGUGUUAUGGUUGUGGACCCGGAGGCUUCGCCGAGUGAGUAUUUGGAAAGGACAAGUUUUUCAGAUCAGGUUAGUGUUGAGAGUAGUAAUAGGAGGUUUUUGGGGAAGAAGAAGAGUGUUGGUGGUUCAGGGAGAGAUUGGUGGUGGAAACAGGAUACCUGCGGUAGUGAUUCAGGGAGAGUGAAGGAUUAUGUAAUGGAGUGGAUUGGAAGUGAGAUUAAAAAAGAGAGACCUAAAAAAAGCUGGCUUACUACAACGGAACCAGUAUCGAGUGAGCUAGCGGCAGAGGAUAGUAAUGUAAAUGCACAGCCGAAAAGGGUGAAGAAGAAAUUGGAGACAGAGAAAAAGAAUCGGAAGCCUAGGGAAUGGUGGAAGGAGGAAUUUUGUGAUGAAUUAGUUAAGAAGAAGAAGAAGAAAAGAAGGGGAAGCAACACCGGAGAAAUGUGGUGGCAACGAGAUGAAGAGUUUGUGCCACAAAAGAAAAAGAGUAAGAGUAGUAGUAAAGGAAGUAUCGAUUGGUGGAUAGACGGGUUGAGUGGUGAGUUUCGGCAUAGGAGAAGAAAUAGCCAAGAAUGUCCGCCGAGCGGUGAAAUCCCUAAAAGUGGUGGUAUUAGUAGCACUCCCAGUAUGAGGGGAACUGUUUGUUAUAUUGCCCCUGAGAAAUGCGAUGGUGGGAUUCUCUCUGAGAAGAGCGAUGUGUAUAGUUACGGUGUUUUGCUAUUGGUUUUGGUUUCUGGUAGAAGGCCAUUGCAAGUAACGGCGUCCCCUAUGUCUGAAUUCGAAAGGGCUAAUCUUAUAUCAUGGGCCAGGCAGCUAGCACGUAAUGGGAAGCUAUUAGAUCUUGUCGAUCCUAAGAUUCAUUCACUAGAUCAAAAACAAGCAAUGCUCUGUAUCACAACUGCACUGUUAUGUUUGCAACGAUCGCCUGCCAAGCGUCCUACAAUGAGAGAAAUUGUCGGUAUGUUGUCAGGCGAGGCCGAGCCGCCUCAUUUGCCUUUCGAGUUUUCUCCAUCACCACCAACAAAUAUCCCUUUCAAGUCCCGGAGAAAGCCUCGGUGAGUUCACCAGUAUUUGUUAUUCCAGUGGCAUUGUUUGUAAAGCAUGAUUCUUCUUUGUUUUGUGUUUAAACAAAAAGGAAAAAAAGGAAAUAAAAUUAAAAAGAAACAAAGUACAUAGGUUGCUUCAAUCGCAAAACUCAUUUUUCCAUGAAAGUGAUAUUUCAGUUUCGUAA